AGUGAGUGGGCCCCGAGGUCGCGUCUUGCCCAAGUCUCCGCGGUCCCCAGCGCUCGCUCGCGCGGUCCUGCCACGGCCUUCCUGCUGCCCGCGCCAUGGGCCUCAGCUCCAACUCCGCUGUGCGAGUUGAGUGGAUCGCGGCCGUCACCUUUGCUGCUGGCACAGCCGCUCUCGGUUACCUGGCUUACAAGAAGUUCUACGCUAAAGAGAAUCGCACCAAAGCUAUGGUGAAUCUUCAGAUCCAGAAAGACAACCCGAAGGUGGUGCAUGCCUUCGACAUGGAGGAUCUGGGGGAUAAGGCCGUGUACUGCCGAUGCUGGAGGUCUAAAAAGUUCCCCUUCUGCGAUGGGGCUCACAUAAAGCACAACGAAGAGACUGGCGACAACGUAGGACCUCUGAUCAUCAAGAAAAAGGAAACCUAAUGGACAGUUGCGAGGCUGCACCCAGCGUGUUGUGAUGUCACCUGCUGAUUUACGUAGAAUGGCACCCAACCCACCGUCUGAUUGGCCUCCCCGGUUCUAGAUGUGGUUGGUCCCUGCAAAUCACAGCUCUCAUAUCCAUGGCAUCGGCCUUGCUACUGAAACAUGUGGUGCACGUUUGUUGAAAGAAGAAGAAAGGCUAAACCAACCUCGUGCUAUAUGGGUUAUUUUGGUCUUGUAAGGAUCCGUUCCUUUAAAAUAAUGGUCUUAGAAUAUAGUUGUAUCUUGAGGUUAAAGUAUUAAAUUAUUCCAAAAUCAUGUACAUGUACAUUGUACUUGUCAGUUUAAGGGAGAAUCUUUUCUUAUCGGUUCGUUAACUUGGAAAGUAACGGGGUGUGAUGAAAUUGCGUUGAUUUCUUACACCAUGGGAGAACCCUGCCGUGACCCUCACUCCUCCUGGUUGAGCUGGUGACAUGGAUACACUUUGUGUGCUUUAAUGUUGUUCUCCUUAAACUUGCCCGGGUCACCAAUAAAGGGGCAGCAACU